AUGGAGAGGCAGCUGAGCAGGUGGUUGGUGGCGACGCCUCGCCCGACGAUUUCCAGCGCGAAAGCUGCAAGGUCGCAGCCAUCAGAGAGACCCGUCUUCCAACGGAUCUCUGGAAGACCGAGGCAGGAUGCCUGGAAUCCUGCGAUGGCCUCUUUGGCUGGGGCCGGCAUCCUUCAGUUCUACAGCGCCCGACGGUGUGCCCGCCAAAAUCGGUGGCUGACUGCUGGACGAAUUUCACCGCUGCAGAAUGACAGUGAGCCCAACAGCGAGCCCAGCGCGGAUGACAACAAGAUGCCGGACGAGGUUUGGAGGCAUCUGUCAAAGGUCAGCAAGACCCUCUGGCCGCUUCUCAUGCGUGUCGCCGAGGCGGAAGGUGCCGACCUUGGUGGCAACGCCGACGCCUUCAGCCGGGCGGCCAAAGGCCUGGCGACCUGGCAGGACGCUCUCGGCCGGGGCACAAUUUGGAAGGACGAGAAAGGCGCGAACUGGCCAGCGGAGCGGGGAAUGCGAAAUCGCUGGCAGGACUUGUUGAUCAACAAAGGGCUGCCUCAGCUCGUGCGCAGGUAUCCGAAGCUGAUCGACCCGCUGCUCGAAGCCUUCGGAUCUGGCACCGGAGCCUCCAUGUCGGAUGGCUUCUCGCUGGACAGCGGCGACUGGCACGACUCGGUCUCAUGGCUACAGCAACUCGCCAAGAUCCUCCGGAAGAGCCCCGAGCUGCGAGAUCUGAUUCGGAAGCUCGGGCGCCGGAGUGCGGUGCGCGGCCCGCUGCACAAACUCCCGGAGGAGAUUUUCAGAGAUGGAGCCCCGGACGGUGUGAUUCGUUCACCGGCGGCUCCCGCUGAGUCCAGCGGCGUUACCCUCGCAGGCACCUGGGACACCAUGUUGCCCAGUGAGGCGCAGCUCCUAGCGGCGAAAGUGCCCAUGCUUCGCUCGCUACAUCACUCGCGUCGCAUUGAGCAGUCGCUGCUUUGCUACGACCGCUCUGCCUGGCUCGAGGACUCGGCGAAGGCGUCUGGCAGGUUUGAGAUGCGUCCUUUGGGUGAAGCUGGGCCUUUGAUCGUGUGUUUAGACACCAGCGGCAGCAUGAGUGGGCAGCGAGAAGUCCUCAGCAAAGCCCUGGUGGUGGAGUGUGUCCGGCAGGCGCAUCGACAGAAUCGCCCCUGCUACCUCUACGCCUUCUCUGGGAUGGGUGACCUGCUGCUCAGUGGCAGUAGUCGACCCCGCAGGUUUUCCAGAUAUACACAUCAUACAUACUAUGAGAAUAAAGUGUGUGUGUGUGUAUAUAUAUAA